AUGGCUGGUGCCCAAUUCCUCAAUCUUUCGAGAUCUUCCAUCAUCAAGCCCUCUAGGCCUCUUCUCUACAACCCCAUUAAGAAUUAUGGGCAAGGAAGCAAGGGGAAAAAUGGGCGUUUGAUAGAAGAGAGGGCACCUUCCACAGCUGAAGAAUUUGAGAGGGUUGCGGAGGAGAAGAAGGCCAAGGAAGCCCAAAAGGGGGUGGCGAGUCAGACCCUUGGCAAGGCCAUUGAUGGUGCUGAAGAGGGUUCAAUAGGUAACCCAAAGGAUGAAUCAGUGAAGAAUAGGUACAAAGGGGGUGAAUAG